GACAAUCAUUGCCCGUAUCUGUUGUUAGCCGUCAACUUGUUGACUGAUCAAAUUGAAACACAAGAUGGAAGAAUCGCAUUCUGAGGUGGUUAUGGAUGAGCUGAUGGAGUUGAUGCGUACUAGAGGUCGUCUCAGAUACGAAGAGAUGGAAAGAGUUCGGAAGGAUACGACUCACAAAGACACAAUGCCUCUAGAUGACGAGCUAAAGGAGAUGAUUGAAGUUUGGCGGACUGGGAACGAGGGAGAGGAAGAAAACAAAAAGACCCCAAAUGCAUUGGCAGAGAACAAGGACGUUCGCGAAGCCCGUGGCAACUUUGUUAGCCAUAUAUACAUCAACAAUCGAUGGGGGCUUUUCAAGAACACGAAGGGCAAGAUUGAAGAAUGGUGGAUUCCUGACCCGCCUGUGUUGAACGAAGACGACGAAGAGUACCUGUGUGAUAUGUGUCGGCAUAUUGACUUCAAAGUCAUUUUCUCCCAGAGAGGAAUAAAAGGAAGUAAGAAGUCCGAAAAGACAAGCAUUCAUUUUGAACAAUUGCAUCCAAUUUUCGAGAGGGAAAGCUGCGCCUUUUGUGGCUUGCUGGCGAGACAGAUUCGGGCCGACCACGAUAUGAGCCAGUUCACUCCCGAGCAAUUGAGGAUGUGUGAUUUCUAUCUCGAGACAUUGGACGAGGGCCCGGAGGCAGGUCUCAUGCUGGAAGUUCAAUACCAGUUAAGUGUGCAUCAGGAUGAACCAUACAGAUUCAUUAUUCACUGGGUGAACUUUGCAUCGGAAUCAGGGAAGAUGACCCCUUUCCAUGGUCUUGCAAUCUGUCCAACCAGCGUGACUUUUGAAGCCUGUAAAACGUGGCUCGUAAUAUGCGACAAGCUUCAUCCAAUUAUUCGGCAUAGCGGCACCGAAUCAAAAGAGUCACAGCUCCGACUCAUUGAUGUUGAAGAGAACUGUGUUUCCAAGGUCGACUUGCCUUGUCGCUAUGUAUGCUUGUCGUAUGUCUGGGGGGGGAUCGACCAGGUGACUCUCAACUCGACGACUAAAUACACCCUCGAGGAAAGAAAUGGGUUGCAUUCGGAUUCUAUUUGUCUCUCAAAAACAAUAACAGAUGCAAUAAUCGCAACGAGGAAGCUUGGAAUACGGUACAUUUGGAUCGAUGCCCUAUGUAUCCAGCAGGAUGACGAGCAGGAUCUUUCUAUCAACAUUUCCAAUAUGGCUGCAAUAUAUGGCAAUGCCGUAUUAACAGUCGUGGCAUCUACCAACUCCGACCCCACCCAAGGUCUACCAGGAGUUUCUUCGACCCCCCGGGCAAAAGAGGCCAACUAUGCUGUUGUGCAGGGGCUACUAUUGACGGUAGCGAUGCAUGACUAUCGGAAGCCCUUGAUUGAUUUAAACAAAACUGUUUGGAACACGAGGGCUUGGACAUUUCAAGAACGUCAUCUGUCGCAAAGGCUGUUGUUUUUCACAGAAUCCGAGACGGUGUUUGUCUGUCCUCAUUCAGUCAUGUUCGAAGACACUCAGCCUAUGCCGCAGCCAUAUUUCGAAAGCAAAGAAAUUGCGAGCACGAUUAAGAACAUAUGCAUGAAAUGGCUCACUGAGGUCUCCCGGGAUGAGUUCAUCCGGAAGCAUAAGGAUACUCUGGAGCCAGAUAUGCUGCAAAGGGCGAUGGAUAGUAGCAUUGGCCUGAGGGAGGUGCUUAAUUUCCGACAGCUGUACCAGAUGGACUACCAAGAAAGGGGGUGGAAAGUCUUGGUGGAGAAAAGAAGGAACCAACACAUCUAUGUGCACGAAAGAUACCCCGGAGUUUUACUCGACUAUCCGAUCCCCUUGCCCGAUGAGGAACUACUGAAUCAUGUUUGCCAAGAUGAUACACUUCAAUUUCUCGCCUAUUCCGCCAGUGUGCGGUUCUGCAACAUGUCAGAAUUACCCUUUGUUCAAAAGCCUGGCCAAGAGGCCUAUCUUCAGUUGGGACUCGAGGAUGAGAGCAGAUCUGCCAAUGACAGACCUUCUUGGCAACGUAUCAUUUACCACCAAGGCUACCGCGCCGGAUUUCUCAUGCUGAAUAUUCCUUUCGAUGAAAUUGAUCUGCACUCUCUUAGCUAUAAGUUGGUUGCUCUCUCUCGAGAUACACUGAGUGAAAUUGCUCCCCCAAAGGACCCAAAGCUGUAUUUCAUGCUUGGUCCAGUUGAGCUCCAAUAUCAUUUAGGCCUCAGUGAGAUGCCUCAGAGGAAUGUCACAGCACAGGUCCCUCCACCGAAGGAGAAUGCUACGCCGGUGAAAACGCCCAAUUCUGAAAACGGUGAUGCAUGGUGGGAUCAUGGACGCUUUCAACACGACGUAUUCCCUAUCUACAAUGUUCUACUCGUCCGCGAUCUCAGAAGACAUGCCGAACGGAUUGGGGUGGGGAAAGUCCAUUGGACCGCUCUUCAUCAUGCUGGUGCAAAAGAAGAUCUUAUCAUUCUCAAAUGA